AUGGCCGCCAGGAAGAGAGUUGCCAUCAUUGGAGCAGGCCUAUCCGGUUUGGCGGCCAUCAAGUCGUGUUUGGAAGAAGGCCUGGAGCCUGUGUGCUACGAACAAUAUGACAACUUUGGAGGAGUUUGGUACUUCACGGAGGAGUACAGGGAAGGUCAGGGUGCAAGGGCCUUCGACAACCUGACAACAAACAUCAGCAAGGAGAUGUUCAGCUUCAGUGACUUCCCCUUCCCUUCCCACUUCCCGCCAUUUCUCACGUGCAGUUUGGUCCAUGAGUACAUCGAGAUGUAUAUCGAGAAGUUUGGACUCCGCAAGCACAUCCACCUCAACACCAGAGUAGUCCAAAUCAGGAAGUCACGUGACUACAACGCUACCGGAAGAUGGGAGGUAGAAGCGGAAGAGUCCCAAAAGUCUCAAACGGAAGUCUUUGACUUUGUCAUGAUAUGCUCGGGUUUCUUUAAGAAGCCUCGAUUCCCUGACGUCGAAGGAAUGGAUACUUUCAAGGGAAAGAUUGAGCACUCCAUGAAGUUCAAAAAUGCUUUGAAAUACCAGGGCAUGGACGUACUUGUGGUUGGAAAUUCAAAUUCCUCUGGAGAUUUGGCUGCGGAGUCUGCACGCUACGCACGCCAGGUGUAUUACAGCGUGGGAGAGGGUAUGUGGAUGAUACCGUCGUGUGUGGAAAACGGGACGCCUUACGAUUUACUCCUCAUUAAAAGAUCCAUUAUGCGGACAGCAUCAAAGUUUUCAAAGGUCACUGCAGACAUGUGUAACAGCCGACUUGAUCAUGUUCUGGGCGGACUAGCCCCAUCAACCCCCCCUGCAAACAGCAGACUAAUGGUGAACGAUAAAGUCCAGUACAACAUCGUGAGUGGAAGGAUUAAAGUUGUCAAAUCACUGACUCGUAUUGGACCCCAUGAAGCUGAAUUUGACGAUGGCACUAUCCUCAAAAACGUGGACGCAAUUUUAUUUGCAACAGGAUAUAAAUUAUCUGUAGACUUCCUUCAGGAACCUUUGAUAGGAGAAAAAAGCAAGCUGAGCCUGUACAAGAUGAUGUUCCCAUUGUGGCAACAUCACACCCUGGCACUGGUGGGCUGUAUUGAUACCGAUGGUUCCUUUCCGCCAGUAGCCGAGUUGCAAAGUCGUACCGCCGCCAGGGUGUUCGCUGGUUCUCACAGACUGCCUCCCAUGGAAGCCAUGGCGGAGGAGGUGGAAACGAAAAAUGCAUAUUUUCUCCAGCGAUUUGGACGCUACAAAUAUCUGAUUCCAAAUUUAAUCUAUAGGGAUGAACUAGCAGCGGAACUGGGUGUGGCCCCUUCCUGGUGGGACCUAGUCAAGGCCGGACCCCGACUGUACUACCAGUACUACUACGGACCUGUCUUACCCUAUUUCCUCCGAAUUUGGGGGCCUCAUCCCUGGAGUGGAGCAAGGGACGCCAUAAACAAUGCCGCAAAACAUGGACACUACGCCAAACAAAUGAGACAUGUCAAAGGGCCAGAUCUUGGGGAUUCCAGCUACUCGUUUGGAUUAAUUCUUCUACCUGUAGUCGUCAUCUUAUUGGCUGUGAUGUACAACGGUAUUCUGUGA